AUGGGUGUCGCCUCGCUCCCCGGGCUUGAAAUGGCAGAUGAGAUGUGGGAGAACGGCAGCUUUCCCAGCCCCUCACCCGGAUUCCCUCUGUUGCUGCUCAUGUUCAACGACAGCGAUCUGAACGAGACGUUCCAGAACUCCACCAACUCCACCAAGUCCCCCGUAACAGAUGUCCCCUCAGGUCCUAGUGUAGCAGGGGUCCUCAUACCGCUCAUAUACAUAGUUGUGUGUAUCAUUGGCCUGGGUGGAAACACUUUGGUGAUUCACAUUGUGCUGCACUACUCAAAGAUAGAGUCAGUGACAAACAUCUACAUCCUCAACUUAGCCAUCGCUGAUGAGCUCUUUAUGGUCGGUCUGCCUUUCCUGGCGGUUCAGAAUACCCUUCAGUCAUGGCCAUUUGGCUCCUUCAUGUGCCGUAUGGUGAUGACGGUCGACUCCAUCAACCAGUUCACCAGCGUCUUCUGUCUGACAGUGAUGAGCAUCGAUCGCUACCUGGCUGUUGUCCAUCCCAUUCGGUCUUCAAAGUGGAGGCGACCUCAGGUGGCCAAAAUGGUAAAUGGCACUGUCUGGGCUCUGUCGUUUCUUGUUGUUCUACCUGUGGUGAUCUUUUCCAACAGUGCAGCAGGUACCUGUAACAUUGCCUGGCCACAGCCCGCUAACAUCUGGCGGGCGGCUUUCAUCAUUUACACCUCCGUGGUUGGAUUCUUCUGCCCUCUACUUAUUAUCUUCCUCUGCUACUUGCUCAUUGUCUUCAAGAUUCGAAGCUCUGGCAAGAAAGUUCACGCCACCUCAACCAAACGCAGGAAGUCAGAGAGGAAAGUGACGCGCAUGGUUGUGAUUAUCGUUGCCAUGUUUUUCUUCUGCUGGCUUCCCUUCUACGCCCUUAAUAUCGUCAACCUGCUGGUGUUGCUGCCCUCUGAGUACCAGGGUCUUUACUAUUUUGUCGUAGUACUCGGCUAUGCCAACAGCUGCGCCAAUCCCAUUGUCUAUGGCUUCUUGUCAGACAAUUUCAAGAGGGGUUUCCGGAAAGCCCUCUGCCGCUCCACAAGGAAGGUGGAGAACCACGAGCCCAUGGAGCGCCAGCAGCAGCAGGAGGAGGGCAGGACGGCCCUCAUGCCCAGGGAGAGCCUGAGACGGGCAAUCAGGGAUGAAGAGGAUGAUGAUGAAGAAGACCUCUCAGAAAUGACUGAGAUCUACAGAAUUGCCCAAAAUGGCAACAGCACUUUCCAGCCGCAGAGCUCACAACCACUGUUGUCUGAGAAAGAAGCGACUGCAGGAGCGACUGAGCUGUCUUCCCCGGACAGGAAGGACAAAUCUGGGGACGUGAAGGGGAAAGAUCCAAUAAACGGGUCCACACUGACUGUCCCAUUACUUCUCAAUGGAACCAAAAAUGGGAGUGUUAAAACUCUGCCAGAGGAAAACUUGGAACAGAGCACCUCCCUGGAGAUAAGUUAUUUAUAA